CCCGAGGUGUGGCUGUCCAGCCUCCUCCUCCUCCAGGAACUACCGGCUGACUGAAGUGGCCCAGCCAGUUCUCCUCAGACAGCCAAGGAGGGAGGAGGCGCAGCAGAGAGGAGUCAUGGCAGAUACAGCAGCUGAGAAAACCCCUCAGGUCUCCAAACAGCAGCUCUGCUCCGUGUGUUCAGGGGCUCUGAGUGGAGACAAACCUGAACCCUGCGCCCACUCGGUCUGUGGAUCCUGUCUCGGGGACAAAACCAAAGGAUGUCCUGAGGGUGUGAAGAGCGUGGUCCAGCCUGAACCUGAUGCUCCGAAAGAGAACGGGACAAAGGCUGAAGCUCCGGUCAUCCAGAGCAAAGAGGAGCCGGAUUCUAAAACCUCAGAGGAGACCAAGAUCCAGGAGGACCUGAAGGAGUCGGAGGACCCCAAAAAACCCGAAGAGGAGGAGAAGAAAAAAGAGGAAGAGGAGGUGAAGGAGGAACCUCUGGGUCCGGAUGAUGUGGUGUGUGACUCCUGCAUCGAGAGCCGCUGCAGGGCCCUCAAGUCCUGCCUCACCUGCCUGGUGUCGUACUGCGAGGCUCACCUCCGGCCUCACCUGGAGAACCCCAAGUUUCAGAACCACCGGCUGGUGGAUCCGCUCCGAGACAUCGAGAGGAGGACCUGCGAGAGCCACAACUGGCCCCUGGAGCUGUUCUGCUGCGCCGACUCCUGCUGCGUGUGUCAGGACUGCGUGAGCGAGGAGCACAAGGGCCACAACACGGUGACGGUGGUGGAGGCGCGCGCGCAGAUCGAGGUAAAAGAUCCUUCGAAUAUUGUAGAAACAUCUUUAACAUCCUUCAGGUACAUCUGAAGACAAAUUUAGAAAUCUUCACCUGUGUCUCUACGACUCAGGUAAGAAAGAAAAGACUCAUUCGUCCUUUUGAAGCGUUGAACAUGUCUCAGCCUGAGCAGGAACUCUUCAUUUUAUCAGAAAAAAGCUUAAAAUUCAUGAAACAUAAAGACUCUUUUUCUUGAAGCUCUUUAUCGGCCUGUUUCUUGGCUCUCGGCUUGGAAACACUCGUCUGAAACAUCGGUCAAAUUAAAUGUCAAACAUCCACUUGUGCCAAACAGGGAAGAUUUCCUGCUGCUCUCUGUGUAACAUCAUCAUAAACUCGGCGUUUUUGGAGGUUAAUACCCUUUACUGGGUUUUAAAUCCUAAAUUAGUGAAACUACCAACCUCACCGGUCCUGUUAAAGCUGCAAACAUGACUCUCCUCCGAGGUUUCUCCCCCUCUUUUCUUAUUUACUCUUCAGUUUGUGUCAGAGGUGGAUCGAGGUGACACUCGGCUGAAACUCUUCCUUUAAUUUGUAACCUGAGCUCCGGAAUAAUCCCUAAAUCCUCCCACACUGCUGCUUUCAGGCACAAAAGAGCAGAUAUUUAUAGAGAUGUCAAAAACCAAGUGAGGGUCCGUGAUGGAUGUGACCGUCGGCACCAUGAGGAGGAUCAUCCGAAGUCAUCACAGCUGUUCUCACAGAGCAGCUCUGAUCACUUCAAAUCUAAUCAGGACACGUUUUCAGACUUAUUAUCCACUCAGAAGCUCAUUGAAUCUCACUCUCGGCCAGUGAUAGCGUCACUGACGGCUCUCCGGAGUCUGGAAACUCGAUCCUCGGAUCUUUUUAGCUCGUCUGACACAGAAAAAGCUUCGACUCCAGACGAAGUGUCAAUCGUCUCUCCCUCUGAAGCAUUCCUGUCCAGAUUCCUGAACAGAUCUGAGGCUGUUAUUUGCACCGUGUUGUUGCAAAACCUCAAACAGUUUCAUUAGAGUGUAGAGCAAACAGAGGAGUGUCGGGGAUGAGGGUUAGAAUGACACAAACGCUAAUACUCGUGUGUAUGAACAUAAAACACGAGCAGGUUGGUGGAUGUAAAAGUAGAAAUAAAUGGAGGUAGAGAAGAGGCCACUCCAGCUCACAAACACUUCCCCCUUUCAAAGAGAUCCAGCUCCACAGGACAGAAACCGACAGCACGAGAAAACAAGGAAGACAACAGACAGGAACGACUUCCUGCUCCACAUUUGCACACUCGAACACACCUUUAAAGAUCUCAUGACAUGGCAGAGGUGCAGAAAACACACACACACACACACACACACACACUCCUGUUGGGCUGAACGCCGUCCUCUGAGUCUACACCUCUCACCCAGGAGUGUUACGUUUGAGUCAGAGUGCUUUAUAUCGAACUAAAUUAUCCAAAGACGUGACUCAGACUCUGACUCUUUUCAUGAAUCCCUGAAGACUCUUCAAACCGGUCGGAUAAUUUCAGAUUUCCUGCAGCUGAACAAUGAAAGUCUUCUACCUGAAUAUGUAGAGACCACUUCGCUUUCUGUGCAGACGGAUUAAACUCACCUUAUAAAAUAUCGACCAGGUAUUUUCUACUUGACGAGAAGAUUACAGAAACUGAGUCUUUAACAGUCACAUAAGAUUAAUAACAUGUUUUAAAACCUCCAACGCUCAGUUCUAACAGCGAAUCAGCACCCGGUCCUCCCGGAUAAACUGAGAGGCUGCAGAUCCUCCACAAACUUCUCCUAAAUUAUCGUAGACAGCUAAAUCACUCUACUACAGCACCUUUGGGGACUCUGCGGUUCUCUUCACAACAAGAACAAGCGUUUUAAAGGACUCUGAUGGUUUUUCAAACAUCUCUCAAACAAAACUCUAAUUCCCACACCGCGGCGGCUUACAUAAACUACGAUAGCCGGUUUCUCUGCCGCUGAGUGCCACCAAUUCCCUCUGGACGCUGAAGAUAAGUGGUUGUUUUAUGAAAAGCUUUGUCAGAUAUUUGUCACAGAGCCAAAUAUCGUAGCUCUGUACCUGUUUCACAUGGUCGGCAGUAUUUUAGAGAGCUGUAGCUCGUCGGCACUGAGAACAGAGUUUCAUUAUCUGUCAGUGAAAACAGUUAAAAAAGGAAGUGGCUGUGGUUUUAAACAGGAAGACUCAUCCAGAGUUGAGGGGUCCUGAAAGGCAAUAUCUGGGUCAGCCUGCAGAGCUGUUCUAAAGAGUUUGGAGGUGUACGUGUCUAAUAUUUAGAGCAUGUACACGCAGGAAUACGUUUUUAUAACCACGUACACUUCCAUAUUUUGUGUGAUAUCCUUUUUUGGACGAAUACAUCACAAGAUCGUCUGCAUCAAGACAAAGUUCAGGCUCAUUUUUGUCUCUUCUUACCUGAUGUAAUACAGUAACGUGAACUUUUCCACUCCCAUUUUGAACUUUCUUUGACUUCUUCCUCACUCACAACACUUUAAGAGGUGGUGUGGUUUACUUUUUACAAACCAGUCACAAAAAAAAACCAACAACUGUUUUACUUCUGGAGAUCUAACCAGAAGAGGAGGUGAAAAUUAGCCGAAAGAGAGCGAUGUUGUAGAAGAUGCAGAAGAAGAGAAAACUUCCUGUUGAUAUUCUGCCCUAUGAGCUCCACAGUGCUUAAAAAAAUCCUCAAAAUAAUGUAGUUAUUAAAGGAAUCCCUGCUGCUGAUUGGAAAUAAUUCACCCCUUUGAAGCUCUUAUUGUAUUAAUUACUUUUUAACCAGAGAAACCACAUCUGAUUCCACCACUACAGACCAUUAAAAAGUGUCAUUUAAAGUCGAGCAGAAGUAGAAACAGAAAAAAAAACAGAAGUUAAAAAUAGAAGUUCAGAAGUUACAGAGCGGAGUUAUCACAUUUAAAUGAAAAUCAACACCAGAACUUGGUCUCAGUGUUUCUCCUCCUCAUCACAGCAGCCGCUUCUUUAAUAUUCAUGAAUGUUUGAAGAUCAGUUUUAUGUCCUGAUACGCCUACUCAAGCAGAAGAAACUUUUACCCCUCAGGGCCUGAACUUUACAGAAAACUGUUCCCAGCUUCAGCCCUGGAGCCGCCUGAACCUGCCCCAGGAAUUCAGACUUGACUCUGAAAGCAGGACAAAAAGCCCCGAUUGUUCGAGUAUAAUGAAGGAUAUGUGACUUCCUAAGACAGAGCAACACAGAAACCGUGUUUACAUCUGCUGGAUAUGUUUCCGUCUGUCAGGAUCAGGCAUAGUUUCUGCAUGACGUCGUCCUGCUUGUGGUCUGAACGCUGAGGCUGAUUUCUGCUCUCUGAUUUUUCUAGAAAGAGCUCAAGGAGAAGCAGACGGACAUGGUGAAGACGGUGACCGCAGCAGAGAACGCCAUCAACAAACUGCAGCUGAACACCGUUUCUAUCGAGGUAAACACACCGAUCUGUGUGACUAAUUUAGGAUGAGUGUGUGUGUCACAUGAGUGUCAUAAUAUUUGAUGGAGUCUGGCUCGGCGGGGGUUAUUUUUGGCUUAAGAUCACAGAAACACCUGAGGUAAGGAGCCGCCCAAACCGGACAGGUUUCCCUCAGGUGUGGGAGGAACUCUGUUUUCAGGGUGGCGCUGAGGCACGAAGCAUUCCCUCGCUACCAUCAGCGUUACGUAACAAAACCAUGACCUGAAGCAUCCCCCACCUGCGAACGAGAGCAGGGUGUGUGGUAUGCAACCGUCUCCGUAAGAAUGUGAAGAAUGCAGCGAGUGUGCGAGGUGAUCUAAACCUGAAAUGUGUCGUCCUGCAGAAUUCAGUGACCGAGGUACGAGACGUGAUAGAGGCCCAGUUCCAGGAGCUGCAGGCCGUGGUGGAGAGGGCGAAGAGGGAGGUCACCGAGAUCCUGGAGGGCGAGGAGAAGCAGGCGCUGAGGCAGGCCGAGGGCAUCAAGGUUCACCUGGAGCAGAGGUGCACGGAGCUGAAGAAGACGCAGGCGCAGGUGGAGAAGCUCUCCAAGAACAAGAACGACGUGGACUUCCUGCAGGUAAGAGAAGUCUGAGAAGAAGAGCAAGAGUUUGGUUCUGGAGGUAGACAUCUUGGUUUAAUAAUGACUCUGCUUGUUCUGCAGGAAUACUCCGAGUGGAAGAAGGAAGCCACUGAUAUUUCCCUGCCUGGGGUCUACAUCGGCCUCAUGGACCGCCUCAACUCCUUCAGCCGCGUGAUCGUGGACUCCACUGAGGAGCUGUGCGCCAUGCUCGUGUCCUCCUACAUCGAGAAGUUCAAAGAGACGUGCAAGAACGGUGAGAGCGAAACACAAGCAGUGGGUCUGCUGCGAGAAAUCGCACUCCGACAUUAAAUCACAGAUGCACAGAUAUCAGCCGGUCCAGGCUUGUCCACACAUGUGAGGAAUUCUCAGCCUGUGUGUCAGAGCUGGAGAGCGCAGGUAUAAACCACCUGUCAGCUCUUUGACUCACCAGGCAAAGACGAGGGGGGGUCACUCCAGGCUAAAAAAAACAACAAAUGCAUUUUUCUUAGCGUUGGCGGGAAACAAAUCUGAUCUUUCUAAAACGUUUGUUUCUUUCACUGCAGAUAAAAUGGGCAUCAAAACAACCGUGAAGGAAAUUGCUGCAAUACGGCAGGGCAUGAGUCUACCGGAUCCAGUGAAGCACAAGGACUUCCUCGAGUGUAAGUGUUUUCUGUUCAUAAAGACGAUCAUUGCAGUGUGUGUUUUAGUCACUUUUGUACGGUGGCCAAGAAUCACCACUGCUGGAAAUAAAAAAGAAUCCAAAAAUGAAGUGACGACGGAAGUAACCGAUGCAAAAAUAAAGAAACAGAAGCUCGCUGCAACUCAAAAAUGGAAGUGAGCUGCGUCUUUAACUUCCGUUGCGGCUUUUUUUUAAAAAUAUAUCCACAUUGUUUCUUUUUUUAUCUGCAGUGGACUUCAGUUUCUUUUUUCGCAUCGGUAACUUCCAUUGCGACCCCUUUCUUUGCAUUCUUUUUUUAUUUGCAGCAGUGGCGAUUCUCGGCCGCCGUACUUUUCUGCAGGAACGAUGAUUAUCACAGCUGAUCAGUCCUUAAUGUGUCUCAGUUUAAGAGCAGAGAUGAGGGAGUUGUUGACACGUUUACACAAAUGUCGGGACACCAUGUAAGACAGUUUGACAAACACUAAUUAUCUUCAGACGGUUCAGGUCAGGUCAUGUUUACCGUUGUGUUGCGUCACAUCACUGUGUUCGUGUCAGUGAACCCAGUAGACCGGUUACUGGAGUUUGGAGAGUGAGAUGUUGUCCCAGUUUUCACCUGAUAGAGGAUUUCAGCUUCAGUUCUUCAAAAGGGUGUUAGAUAUUGAUCCAUCAGACCUCAGAACAUCAAUUUUUAUCCAACAAACUACAGGACAGUUUCCCUCCUCUCCUCUUGAGUCCAUCAGUCGUCUUACAGCGUCUCAACUUCUGGGAAUAAGAGCUGUACAAGAAUGAGAAUUAUGUGGCCUGAAGGGCAGGAAGAAGGUUUCAGACUGGGCCUUUGUGCACCAGCAGAUCCUCCACAUGUCUAUCAUAACCAGAGCUCCAGUCCUGGAAAAAGAACUACAGUUCAUUUGUUUUUUUUCUUACUGUGUUCCCUUUGGACGCCAAAAACAGUCAGACCCCUGAGACCAAACAUUACUGUCCCUUUAAUCUUAUAGAGUCUUCUCUGUUUACAAUCUGAGCAAAGGAAGUCAGGCUGUGAUUCAAAAUAUAGCAUUUAAAGGGAUAUUCUGGCUUUAAAUUAAUUUAGGGUCAAAUACAUCGUUACACCAAGUUCAUCCAGAGAUGAAUGUUGUCGACCGCUUACUUCUCUAGUUAUACCAACUUUAGUAACGACAGCAGGAUUGUAAUACAGAGAGCCACGCCCUCAACCAAAACGCCACUCUAUAGCCACAAAUAAUGCUCAGAACAGCACCUAACUUCAUCAACAGGACAUAUAGGGUCACAGACAUAGUACUAGACACCAAACAUCUUUUUAACUUUGACUCAUUUCUUUAGCAAAGAGACUAAACACAACUCACCUACUCUCUUACAGCAGCCGCUUGUUUGUAGCGAGACCUCAGGCCAGUCCAUUACGGACUACAGCGGGGUGUCACAGCUCAAGGAAGAACAUUUAUAAUCAUUAGUUUUCUUUCGUUCUUUUGUAUCGGACAGUGCUCUUUUAUUUUUUCUCAUCUGACAUGUUUCGGCGGACUCUUCUGCCUUCAUCAGAGUGUCACGUGAUGGUUGUUUGACGCGUACUUUUGACAGCUAAUGUUCUGUGGAGGCGUGACUCGCCCAUCAGAUUCGACCGGCUGCUGUUGGUUCGCCUCCUCCAGGUUGGCGCUGGAGGAACUGUCACGUGACACUCUGAUAAAGUCCUGUCCGAUACAAAAGAACAAAAAAACCUAAUGAUCAUAAAUGUUCUUCCUUGAGCUGCGUCACCCCGCUGUAGUCCGUAAUGGACUGGCCUGAGGUCUUGCUUCAAACUAUCGGCUGCUGGAAGAGAGUAGGUGAGUUGUGUUUAGUCUCUUUGCUAAAGAAAUGAGUCAAAGUUAAAAAGAUGUUUGGUGUCUAGUACUAUGUCUGUGACCCUAUAUGUCCUGUUGAUGAAGUUAGGUGCUGUUCUGAGCAUUAUUUGUGGCUAUGGUGUGGAGUUUUGGUUGAGCGCGUGGCUCUCUGUAUUUCUAUCCUGCGGUCGUUACUAAAGUUGGUAUAACUAGAGAAGCAAGCAGUCGGCAACAUUCAUCUCUGGAGGGCUGUGCACUUCAUACACAGAGUGUCAUGAGUGUCUCAGAGAUGUUUGCAGUCCUGGUUUUUGUCGUUGUUUCUCAUGUUUUGAUUGUUAUGUAACACGCUCACAAUCCUCUCCCAGAUGCCGCCAACGUGACCUUCGAUGCUGACACGGCUCACAAGUUCCUCCGGCUGACAGAAGAAAACAGGAAAGUGACCAACACCACGCCCUGGCAGCAUCCUUACCCUGACGUACCUGAGCGCUUUGAGAACUGGCGCCAGGUUCUGGCCACAGAGAGCUUCUAUCUGGGGCGCCACUACUUCGAAGUGGACAUCAGCGGCGAGGGCACGCACAUCGGCUUGACCUACAAGAGCAUCGACCGCAAAGGGAGCGAGAGCAACAGCUGCAUCACGGGAAACAACUUCUCCUGGUGUCUGCAGUGGAACGGACGCACCUUCUCCGCCUGGCACAGCGACGUGGAAACCCCGCUGAGCGUGGAGAAGUUCACCCGGAUCGGGGUUUAUGUGGACUACACGAGAGGCCGGCUGGCUUUCUACGGCGUGGAGGACGGCAUGACGCUCAUCCACGAGUACAAGGCGGAGAUCCUGGAGCCGCUGUACCCGGCUUUCUGGCUGUCCAAGAAGGAGAAUGUGGUGGCGUUGGUGGCGCCGGGGGAGCCGUUACGCCUCAAAAGCCCCUCCCCUCCAACCUCACCUGCUAACGGAGCUGUUGAUUCAAAAUCAGCAGCAUAGCGGCAAGCAGAACCACGGUCAUUAAAGGGACAAUUCAACAAAUCAGACUGCUCUUUGAGGGACUUCUUAGAGCCGAGCUGGGAACUCUUUACCUGAUAGAACUUUAACGAUAACUUGUGGAUGUUCAUCUCAUGUAUAUUUUGGCUCGGGUCGUAUUUAUACUCAUGUCUGUUUGGGACCUCUGUUACUCUUCAUCACGCUGUGAGUUCAGAGGUGAUCUGUGUUCGAAUAAAACUCUGAAUCUUC